UCUUUGCUUUUUUAUUUUGCUUCUUUUUCGCUCUUUUAUUUUUUUGCCACCACUCACUCACACACAUAAUAUAUUCACAAAUAAUAAAAUACCUGCUAUGGAAUACGCCUAUCCGCCGCCGCAACAGCCCGUCCAAUACACGGCAGAGCAAGUCGAGAAUGUCAGGAGGCAGCGCAUCAGAAAGGUGAAGCAGCACUUUGGCAUGCGGCUGGGUCUGGAAGUAUUAUUCACAGCAAUCCUCGCUGGUCUCCUUGGGUACUACAUCCAUCGCGAGCAAAACAACACGAGGACAUAUUCCAGCUGGUUCAGCUGGUACAUCGGUCUUCUCAUUGGCCUCCUGGUUCUAGACGUGUUGAGCAUCGCGUUCACGGUCUGGCAGAUGAAACAGAGGCUGAGCUGGCUCAAGGACCCGCAGACUCCCCCUCAGCUUAUUAUGGACGGUGGAUAUUCCAAGAUCGUUAUUUUCCAGCAGCCACAGGAAUACCCUGCGCCUAAUUAUGCAUCCCAGCAGGGAGCGCCCGCCUAUUAUCAGCAGGGCUACGGGGCAAAUAACAUGUACAUGCCGCCAUCAUCGGCACCACCUGUGCAGCCUCUGUCGGGCAACCCUUACGCUCCGGAAAAGUCGGCGUACUAAUUUUGUUUGCCAGGUAGUUCACAUAGUUUUUCAUAGUCAUUUUUUAGUUGAAACAAGGUCUUCAAUGUUUA